UGUUUCUUCUCUUCACUCGAACUCGUAGUUUCUUUAUGUUUUGAAAACUUCUCCGAUUUUGAAAUUAGUGAUAAGAAUGCUAGUCGGUUUCUGUCAUAUCUCUUCGACAUACUACAUGUAAAUUUCUGAGUCAUUCGAUUGUGACAUCAUUGUAAACAUAUAUAUCUUACGUCAUGCUUCUUACUAAUUUUCGAUUUCUGUAGAUAUCAACUCAAAGAAACUAAACAGAAUAAUGUUACCUAGCCGAAUUAAAUUCUAUCAAAUGCUACAUUUCUCGUUUCUUCCUUUCUGAAGUUGAAAAUAUAUUGUGUAAGAUAGUGCUUUCUGAUGACAACUGAAGAAGAGUGGUGGAUUGGAGAUUAUGCUGAAGAAAUUCAUGAUUAUCUCCGCCAUAAAGAGCGGAAACGCCUCUUAUUUCGAGGUCAAUCACCUCAGUUGCAUAUGAGAAAGAAAAUGGUAGAAUGGAUGGAUACAGUUUGUCAAAAAUUGAAAUUUUGUACUACAGUACAGCAUCUAGCUGUUUAUCUGUUGGAUAUUUUCAUGGACAAUCAUACUAUUCAUUUUGAUCAUUUACAUAUGGUUAUUAUUGGAUGUUUGAUUGUUGCAGUUAAACUUGAAGAAAAUGACAAUCUCAUACCAAAGAAUAGUGAUUUGAAUGUACUGUUGGGCAACAAGUAUAAGCUGAUUGAAUUUGUCCAGAUGGAAGUGUCUGUCUUAAACUUCUUCAACUGGGAUGUUUUGUUUCCUACAGCUGCUCAUUUUGCUGAAUAUUAUGCAUUGUAUGCUGUGCAGCAAAGUGAUAAACAUGAAAACAAACCUCUGUCAAACUAUGAUCUUGUAAAGGUGUAUGUGCAAAAAUAUAUAGACUAUUUCCUUGAAGUGACUAUUUUGGAUCAUGCAUUUAUUAACCUAGCACCCUCUUUGGUUGCUGCAGCAUGUAUUGCUUCCACACGUGUAUGUUUAACACUAAGUCCUCCCUGGCCAUUGCUAUUGCAGAAAAUAACAUCAUAUAACUACACUCAGUUGAAGCCAUGUGUUGAAUUGCUAUUAAGGGCUCUUGACAUUGACAUGCUGAUGAGUAAGCGGAGUGCUGAAAGAAAAGCCUCGGAUUCUUCACAUUGUUCUAAGACUAAUGGUAGUUCUUCACCAGUGUCUUCAGAUUGCAUGGUUUUGUCGUGAAUAGGUUUCCUUUUUUGAAGUUUAGGAUUCAAGCAUUUUACUAAGAAACUGAACCUCAAUGCAAACUGUCUGUGAUAUUGAUACUGAAGUCAUAUCAACUAAAUAUUGAGACGAUUCCUACUUAACUGUUUACCUCAUUUUAUUUUCAUUUACAGUUCACAUGUUCUGAAAGUCAUACAUAUUGUGCCAAAUGAACCAAGUUUACUUGCUUUCCAUAUAUUAUAAGGAAUCUCGUAGGUUUUUUUUACAGUAUAUAUUUACUUAAACGAUAGUUCCUAUUUACCUUUUAUGAAGACUGAAAUAAAGAAAUAUUCUUAAUAGAUUGUACUGCUAUUUAAUAAAGCAUCCUAUUUUUAUAUGCUGAACAUUUUUUAAAUUUAAAAAAAAAAAAAUCUGAAGUUCAUAUAAUAAUAGCAAUGAAAUAGUAUAAAUAUUUUGUGUUUUGAGACAUAUCUGUACUACAUGCUUGAUUUUUUUGGUAUGUUGAUAGACAUACCCAACUUAUAUAUAUAUUUAUUUAUUUGAAUAUACUGCAAGCAAAGUAAAACUUAAGUUUAUUCAAAGUACCUGAUAAAUAAUUUUUCUUUUCUAAAGAAAAUUCUUUUGAAUUUUUUUUUAUUUAAUCUUAUAUAACUGGAAUGCAAAUUAGCUUGUUUGUAUUUCGGGGUUUUUAAGAUACGACUUGCAAAGUUAAUAUGAAAAAAGUUGUGAAUUGCAGCAAUUACUCUUGUUAUUUGUAAAUUUUAACUUUUUGAGAUGUUUCUAUUAGUAGUAGUUAUUUUUACUUGCACAUUCCUAUUUUCUGUGAGAUUUUCCUUUUAUAUUUGGAAUUCCAUUUUUGAUUUUUGCUGUGUUAGAUUUGUAAAUUUUGAUAGUAUGAUGUAUAUGCUCAAUAUUUUUAUUUAAGACUAGUCUUUCAAAUUAAAAAGUAUAUAAAUAUUGUUUUCUUUUUAGCCAUAAUGCAAAAGUGUACAGUUACUUUAGAAGGUUUUUAAUAUGUAUUUCACAUUCUUCUUGAAACUAUGUAAAAAUUGAUUCCCGAGUAUGAAUAUAAUUAUAUCUUUGUAUCAGAAUGUCGUAGUAUUUGCAGAAGUUUCGGAAAAAAAUUAAAAUUGGUACGAUCCCUCCUCCUUUUCCUAUUUUUUUCUCUUUUUUUGCAAAUGUUUGUUAUAUUUUAUAUUCAUUUUUUUAAAUAUUUGAUAUUCCAUUUGUAUUAAUAUAUUUAUGAAAUUGAUAAAGGGUUCUUUAGAUUUCGUGUAUGUAAUAUUUUAAUAAAUAUAUUUGAAAACCUAUAUAAAAUAAGGUUUGUUAAAAAAGCGGAAAAUAUUAUCAUGUAUGAUUGAGAAUAUAUAUAUAUAAUAAAUGUAAUAUAUUAUUAAUGCAUGAAAUUUAGAAUUGCCUGUUUCCCCCUUUGAACAUUACAUAAAAAUAAAUCAUAGUUACGUAACAUUUGAGUCAUCUAAUUUGCGUUUUAAUAUUUUAUAAGAGAGCUUGCAUAACUGUUUAGAAGUGAUUUUGUUGUUGGCAACAUUUUUCAAUCUGAAGAUUUCUAAUUACAAAAGGUCAUUUGAUCUGUUCUUUAGUUUGGAUAAAUUUUAUCAGAACAAUAAAAUUUAUAAUAUUUUAAUAGUUGUGCAUGUGUUUGUCUCUCAAACAUAAAUUAAACAAAUGAUUUAUGAUAUAUAUUCAAGAAUUCUUAAUUUGAGAAUAUCAUACCAUGAUAAUAGUGUUAAAAGUUUUGACAUCUACUGUACUGUUUGAUUUCUCAUUCUGUGAAUGUUAUGAUUCGAAAUGUUCAAAAUCUUAAUAGAAUGUUUAAUGGAAACUUUUAAGGCAAAAGAAAUUACAGAAGUUUUGUCUUCAGCAAUAAGUAUCAUUUAAGAAAAGUUUUGCUCUAGUGUUUGAUAUGUUUUUCAGUGGAGAGCUGAAUAAUAUUCACUUGCAUUAAAGGACACUUGUACUAUUUUUAUUUCAAAAUCGUUUUCUCCAUCUAGUUUGUAAUAUCAGUAUUAUUUUUUGAGAAAUGAGAUUUUAUUGAAAUUUGUAUUUUGCAAUAUAGAUACUGAUAUGUAUGUUAGUAAUGAAGUGUAUAAUUAAAUUUUCAUGAAAUAUCUCGCUAUUUUGUGAAGUAUUGGAUGGAAUCAAUUUAAAGUUCUUUAGUAAAUUAAUAUAACAUUCAGUAAAGAAAGAUAGCUAGAUGAAUUGUAAAAAAUACUUCCUAAUGAUAACUGUCGUAUAAAAAAAGUUAUUAUUUUGUAACAUUCUUAAUAAAAAAAAAAAUUCAGUUAUUUCUUCCAUUUUUUUUUUGCUCAUGUAUUUGAAAAAAUUCAUCAUUCAAAUUAACAUUUUAAUGUUUUGUACUGUGCCAUGGGAUAGUUAGUUAAAAUUUUAAUUUAAAUAAUUUGAGGCUAAUUUGUUAUUACUUCCUUUUUAUUUAUUAUUAUUAUUAAAUUCCUGUUAUGCAUCAUUAUUCUAUGAAAUAACUAAUAAGUUUUCAUAGAAUACUAACAAGUGUUUAGCUAUAACUGAUUACAUUUGUCAUUUCAUGAAAGAACUGUAUAUUUUAUGAAUUUUACUACUUAAAUGAAGAUAUAUACUAAAAGAGGAAUCAUUACUUAUUUUUUUAUUUUUAUAAUAUUAGCCAAAAGCUGUUUCUUUUCUUUUUUUUAAUAGCAUAUUUUUAUUGGACAUUUCUGAUUUGAAAAAUCAUCUAAUUAUCUUAAAUAGUUUGUCAUAAGAAUUUUAUAAACAAGGAGGUUAUAUGCAUAUAUUCCAUAUUGUGUUUUGAAAUGUGUCCAUAAUUCUUAUUUGUUUUGUAUUAAAAAAUAUAUAUAUAUUGCCGAAAAAACAUUUUUCUUAUCCAGAAAUAAAUGUUUCUGUAAAUUUGUAAAAGCGAAUUGCUCACUGAAUGUGGAACAUCAUUAACAGGGUACUUGAGUGUAAUAUAUAGAUAUAUUAAUAUAUAAUAUACAUAUUUCCUUAUUUUAGUACAAAUAUUUUUGAUAUUUUGAAAUUUUAUUUAUUUUGGAAGUGUAAAAAGUCAUCAAACAGUGCCUUACUGAAGUAUAUUGGAAGAAUACAUUCCACUUUGCUUUGGAACAUUUGUAAAUUAUGUACUACUCGUGUCUUGCACAAUCCAUGAUAUACUAAUAAAAUAAAAUAU